AUGGCUUCUGUAUACAGCCGCAUCGGCGUUAAGGUAACCAUCAUAGAAUAUGCCGAUGCCCUGAUCCCUACGAUGGACCGCGAGCUGGGCCCGGCAUUGCAAAAAAUACUCAGCCGCAAUGGUAUUGAGUUCGUACUGAACAGCCAGGUGAAAGGCGCAAAAAACAAUGGCAAUUCAGCGACAGUUACUUACCUCGAUAAAGCAGGAAACGCACAGGAAAUAACCGCAGACUAUUGCCUCGUUGCCGUGGGGCGCAAACCUUAUACAACAGGACUUAACCUUGAAAAAGCAGGUAUCAGCACCGAUGAAAAAGGAAGGAUAAAAACCAACGAACACCUGCAAACUGCGGCCCCUAAUAUUUAUGCCAUCGGCGAUGUGAUUGCCGGCCCGAUGCUGGCGCACAAGGCAGAAGAGGAAGGCGCUUAUGUUGCGGAACGGAUCAAUGGCAAGACGCCGCAUAUCAAAUACCACCUGAUACCAGGCGUAGUUUAUACCUGGCCUGAAGUAGCCAGCGCCGGUUAUACAGAAGAACAGUUAAAGGAACAGGGCAUUACUUACCGGAAGGGAAAGUUUCCGUUUAUAGCCAGUGGCCGCGCAAGGGCUGCCGAUGAAACAGAUGGUUUUGUAAAGGUGCUUUCAGACCCGACUUAUGGGGAGAUCCUUGGCGUACAUAUCAUAGGCGCGCGGGCUGCCGACCUGAUUGCCCAGGCAGUUAUUGCUAUGGAGUUUGAAGUGACGGAUGUAGAGAUGGGCCGUAUCUCUUAUGCCCACCCUACUUUUUCAGAAGCAUUAAAAGACGCUUAUCUCGCUGCUUCCGGGCAGGGAGCUGUGAACCUUUAA